CAAAUCCACGGUCUGUCAGACAGCUCUCCAAGUUAGCGCUGUUGUUUCUUCUUGUAUAUCUGCUGCUAGUAAUUAUAGCUCAGCCCAUACAGGAAUAUAAUUACUAGUUUUUACUAUAACGCUAGCGAGGAGCUGCGUGACCGAGCUGCAGUUACUUUUUAAAAGCCGCUCACAGCUGCUCUGGGGGGCGGAGUGUCUGCAGAGUGCUGCGCCGAUUGGGGCGCUCGAUCGGGGGAAGAGAGAUGGCGUGCUUGUUGGAGGCCCCUCUCCGCAUCAGUGUGCUGUCUGAAGUUACUGCCACUAGUCGCCAUUAUGUUGACAGACUGUUCGACCCCGACCCACAGAAAGUGCUGCAGGGAGUCAUUGACAUGAAGAAUGCUGUCAUAGGAAACAACAAGCAGAAGGCCAAUCUGAUUGUCCUCGGAGCUGUGCCGAGGUUACUAUACCUGCUCCAGCAGAGCUCGUCCAGCCUGGAGCUGCGGACAGAGUGUGCCGUGGUGCUGGGCAGCCUCGCCAUGGGCACUGAGAACAACAUCAAGUCCCUGGUGGACUGUCACAUCAUCCCUGCCCUUCUUCAAGGUCUCUUGUGUCCGGAUCUGAACUUCAUUGAAGCUUGUCUUCGAUGCCUCAGAACGGUUUUCAUCAGUCCAGUCACCCCUGUGCAGCUGCUCUAUACUGACCCCACUGUGAUUCCUCAUCUAAUGUCUCUACUGAGCCGCUCACAGAGAACCCAGGAGUACAUCACACAGAUCUUCUCCCACUGUUGUAAGACCCCAGAGCACCAGACAGUUCUUUUCAACCACGGUGCCAUCCAGAACAUUGCCCCUCUGCUUAUCUCACCCUCUUAUAAGGUCCGGAUGCAGGCAUUAAAAUGUUUCUCAGUCCUGGCCUAUGAGAACACUCAGGUCUCCAUGACACUGGUGAAUGUGCUGGUGGAUGGGGAGCUGCUCUCUCAGGUAUUUGUCAGAAUGAUGCAAAGGGAUCAACCCAUUGAAAUGCAGCUAACAGCAGCCAAAUGUUUAACGUACAUGUGUCGAGCGGGUGCCAUUAGGACCGACGACAGCUGCAUAGUCCUAAAGACCCUGCCGUGCCUGGUGCGGAUGUGCAGCAAAGAGCAUUUACUUGAGGAGAGGGUGGAGGGUGCAGAGACACUGGCCUACCUGAUGGAGCCCGACGUGGAGCUGCAGAGGAUCGCUAGCACCACCGACCACCUGGUGGCCAUGCUGGCUGACUACUUUAAAUACCCCAGUUCUGUGUCCGCCAUCACUGAUAUCAAGAGGCUGGACCAUGACCUGAAACAUGCACAUGAACUGAGACAAGCUGCUUUCAAACUUUAUGCGUCACUAGGCUCUAACGAUGAAGACAUCCGUAAAAAGAUCACUGAGACAGAGAACAUGAUGGACAGAAUAGUCAGUGGCCUGUCAGAAUCCAGCAUUAAAGUCCGAUUGGCAGCUGUCAGGUGUCUUCACAGUCUCUCACGAUCGGUGCAGCAGCUGAGGACCAGCUUCCACGACCACGCAGUGUGGAAACCCCUCAUGAAGCUGCUGCAGAACGCCCCAGAUGAAGUCCUGGUCAUGGCCUCCUCUACACUAUGCAAUCUACUUCUGGAGUUCUCGCCCAGCAAAGAGCCCAUCCUGGAGUCAGGGGUGAUUGAAUUACUAUGCAGUCUGACCCAGAGCGACAGUCCUGCACUGAGGGUCAAUGGGAUCUGGGCCCUGAUGAACAUGGCGUUCCAGGCAGAUCAGAAGGUGAAGGUGGAGAUAGUUCGGUGUUUGGGUACAGAACAGUUGUUCCGUCUGCUAUCAGACCCCGACACCAACGUGCUGAUGAAGACCCUCGGUUUGCUGCGCAAUCUGCUUUCAACACGCCCGCACAUUGACCAGAUCAUGAGUUCUCAUGGGAAGCAGAUCAUGCAGGCGGUGACCCUCAUCCUGGAAGCAGAGCACAGUAUAGAGGUCAAAGAACAGACGCUGUGCAUCCUAGCCAACAUCGCUGAUGGCAACACAGCCAAGGAACUCAUCAUGACCAAUGACGACAUGCUCCAGAAAAUCAAAUACUACAUGGGGCAUUCGAAUGUGAAACUGCAGCUCGCUGCCACCUUCUGCAUCUCAAACCUUAUCUGGAAUGAGGAGGAAGGUUCUCAGGAGCGUCAGGACAAACUGAGGGAGAUGGGCUUCGUGGACAUCCUGCACAAACUGACUCAGGCCUCUGACCCCAACCUCAGCGACAGGGCGAAGACGGCGAUGCAGCAGUACCUAGCAUGACUACACAGGGGAGAGAUCCUCUACUGCCAGCCUAACUAACAAUCGUCGGGAGGGGACACCUGCCAGUGGUUCUUCUGUUUCUUGUUUUGUUUAAUCUUGAGGCUUGUUUUGUUGCACAAAGACACCUUUUCUAGACCUGUGGCUGGCCUCCCUUCACCCUCCCACCCACCACCAGGUGCCACCACCUCAAAAGUUUUGCUCACUCCAAACCUCAUCUUGGAGACUCUGUGACCGUGGUUGUUGGGAAAUCAGUGGUUUGGAGGGUUUCACUUGUUUUUUUUUUUUUUUUUUUCUUCCUUCAAGGACGAAGUGAAUUUUUUCCUUUUGGGACUUUGUGAUUUAAGAUUUGUGAUUUUUUUUUUUCCCCAUCUUUCUUUGGAGUGCAGCAGCCAGAUACCAGCGCCGCCUUGGUGCUUUUGGACUCCUGAUGUUGGAGAUUCAGGUCUCAGAGAACCAAACUACGAGGUUUGACAUAAGAGCACGGCUGUUGGACAACAAAGCUUCCCAGUUUUAUUUUUUUAAUUUUUAACUAAUGAUAUUACUAUUAAUAUUAAGGCAUCGCAAGUAAGGACACAUUUGGAAAAACACAGACUGCCUAUUUUGAAAUUUUGGGUGUUUUCUUUUUUUGUGGAUACAUACCUCGUAAAUAUAUAAAUAUAUAUAUAAAUAUAAACAUAAAUAUAUAUUUUUGGAUUUUUAUUUUUCCUGACCCUGUUGUCAUUCAUCCUCUCUGACCCUCGCUGAUUCUCAGCACAGUACAGUGAAUCCUCUGCAGUCUGAUUGAAGUAUGCAUCUGACUUGGAACGUGGUCUGCAGCGGUGAAUCAGGAAAAGAAAAGUAACUUCCCUGAUUUUUUUUUCUUCACCAUCGUGGUUCUGUGUGCACUGGAGCCUGUCACUUUUGUCAAACGUCCUUAUAAUCCCAAUGGGAAAUGUAGUUCCACAGUUUCUAGAGCUUAUUCUGACCUGCCCAGUUACUAAUUAACAGGCAUGAGUGCACAAAACUCCAGAGAUUAGAGGAUGCACGUAUCCUCACACCUCUUCUGAAUAAGACUUAAUGUCUGUUGCUGUUUCUGCAUUCUCUGCAGCCCCCCUUUUAUGUGAGUUUGUCAUAAGGGAUGAAUUAAAUUCCCAAGCUCCCGGGUUUCUUUCCUCUGUUGUGUUUUGAAAAGUGAAUGAGGACAAAGUAGAUGCAAGGAAUAAAGGAAGAACAAUUUGAGACUCACCCCCCGGAGGGUAGAAGCACUAAGUGCAUCCACAGCAGCAGAAUCAAGUGCGACGUUGUUUCAUCCCUCUGUUGUAUAAUUUCUUCUGCCAUCAGAUUAUUUCUAGAGUGUUGUUCCCUGACAUUUCAAACCUUACUGAAGCUCUGAUAGAAUGAAUGUUACCAUUGAAAAUAUAUGCAGACCUGAAGAAGGA